CUUCCGGUCGGCCCCGCGGCUGCGUCCCGGCCUCCCUCCUGCCGUCCCUCUCCCUGCUCCCUCACCCUUCCACGGCCACCGGCCCAGCUCGAGGCUCCGGGUGAGAUUCAACAGCAGAGAAGCAGCCCACAAACCAACUUUCCAUGUCCUCUGCUGCCGCUUGGCACUCGGCACAGCGGGCCCGCCCUUCGCCGUGGCCCCUCACAAAGCCGGCCUCCCCUCUCAGGCGGUGCUCCUCCUCGCUCCUGCCCGGGCCGCAGCCUCCACCAACGCUGGGGAUGCCUCGCUGACCCCCGCUCACCCGCGCCUCAGGCUUCCCCGAGCGUGAGCGCGGUGGUUCCAGAAGUUUCCGCGGAGGCUGAGAUUUUCAUGUAUUUGUACCUGAGAGACACGGAGAGAGAGGCGGCUCUCUGUGCAGAGCCGGAUGCGGGACUGGAUCAUAGGACCCUGGGAUGGCUACCUGGGCUAUCCAAGCCAAAGGAGAUGCAACCACUGAGCCACGCAGGAAACAUCUGUAUGGAUUGUUUCAUUACAACCACACAAUGCUUGGACUUGAAUCACUUCCAGAUCCUACUGAUACCUGGGAAAUUAUAGAGACCAUAGGUAAAGGCACCUAUGGCAAGGUCUAUAAAGUAACUAACAAGAAAGAUGGGAGCCUGGCUGCAGUAAAAAUUUUGGAUCCAGUCAGUGAUAUGGAUGAAGAAAUUGAAGCAGAAUACAACAUUUUGCAGUUUCUUCCUAAUCAUCCCAACGUUGUAAAGUUUUAUGGGAUGUUUUACAAAGCGGAUCACUGUGUGGGAGGACAGCUGUGGCUGGUCCUGGAGUUGUGUAAUGGGGGCUCAGUCACGGAGCUUGUCAAAGGUCUACUCAGGUGUGGCCAGCGAUUGGAUGAAGCAAUGAUCUCCUACAUCUUAUAUGGGGCCCUCUUGGGUCUUCAGCAUUUGCACAAUAACCGAAUCAUCCACCGUGAUGUCAAGGGGAAUAACAUUCUUCUGACAACAGAAGGAGGAGUUAAGCUCGUUGACUUUGGUGUCUCAGCUCAACUCACCAGUACACGUCUACGGAGAAACACAUCUGUUGGUACCCCGUUCUGGAUGGCUCCUGAGGUCAUUGCUUGUGAGCAGCAGUAUGACUCUUCCUAUGACGCUCGCUGUGACGUCUGGUCCUUGGGGAUCACAGCUAUUGAACUGGGGGACGGAGACCCUCCCCUCUUUGACAUGCAUCCUGUGAAAACGCUUUUUAAGAUUCCAAGAAAUCCUCCACCUACUUUACUCCAUCCAGAAGAAUGGUGUGAGGAAUUCAACCACUUUAUUUCACGGUGUCUUAUUAAGGAUUUUGAAAAGCGGCCUUCUGUCACACAUCUCCUUGACCACCCAUUUAUUAAAGGAGCCCACGGGAAGGUUUUAUUUCUGCAAAAACAGCUGGCCAAGGUCCUCCAAGACCAGAAGCAUCAAAACACUGUUGUUAAAACAAGGCAUGAAAGAAUGCAUACCAGAAGACCCUAUCACGUGGAAAAUGCUGAAAAAUACUGCCUUGAGGAUGAUUUGGUGAAUUUAGAGGUUCUGGAUGAGGAUACAAUUAUUCGUCAGUUGCAAAAGCGUUAUGUGGACUUGCUCAUUUACACCUAUGUUGGAGACAUCUUAAUUGCCUUAAACCCCUUCCAGAAUCUAAGCAUAUAUUCUCCACAGUUUUCCAGACUUUAUCAUGGGGUGAGACGUGCCUCCAAUCCCCCCCACAUAUUUGCAUCAGCAGAUGCUGCUUACCAAUGUAUGGUUACUUUCAGCAAAGACCAGUGCAUUGUCAUCAGUGGAGAAAGUGGCUCUGGGAAGACAGAGAGUGCCCACCUGAUUGUUCAGCAUUUGACUUUCUUGGGAAAGGCCAAUAAUCAGACCUUGAGAGAGAAAAUUCUGCAAGUCAACUCUCUGGUGGAAGCCUUUGGAAAUGCAUGCACUGCCAUCAAUGACAAUUCGAGCCGUUUUGGAAAAUAUCUGGAAAUGAUGUUUACACCAACCGGAGCUGUGAUGGGGGCAAGAAUAUCUGAAUAUCUCCUUGAAAAAUCCAGAGUUAUAAAACAGGCAGUGGGAGAGAAAAAUUUUCACAUAUUUUACUAUAUUUAUGCUGGUCUUUAUCACCAGAGGAAACUUUCUGAGUUUAGACUUCCUGAGGAAAAACCUCCUAGGUAUAUAGCUGAUGGAACUGGAAGGGUGAUACACAACAUAACUUCCAAGGAGUCUUACAGAAGACAAUUUGAAGCAAUUCAGCAUUGCUUCAGGACUAUAGGGUUCACUGACAAGGAGGUGCACUCAGUGUAUAGAAUUUUGGCUGGAAUUUUGAAUAUUGGAAACAUUGAGUUUGCAGCUAUUUCCUCUCAGCAUCAAACUGACAAAAGUGAGGUCCCCAAUGCUGAAGCUUUGGAAAAUGCUGCCUCUGUUCUCUGCAUCAGCCCCGAAGAACUCCAAGAGGCCCUUAUCUCACACUGUGUGGUCACCCGCGGUGAAACCAUCAUCCGUGCCAAUACUGUCGACAGGGCUGCGGAUGUCCGAGAUGCCAUGUCCAAAGCCCUGUAUGGGAGGCUCUUCAGUUGGAUUGUAAAUCGCAUCAAUACACUCCUGCAGCCAGACAAAAACAUAUGUAGUGCAGAUGAUGGUAUGAAUGUGGGGAUUUUGGAUAUUUUUGGAUUUGAGAACUUUGGGAGAAAUUCAUUUGAACAGCUCUGCAUAAACAUCGCCAAUGAGCAAAUCCAGUACUAUUUCAACCAGCAUGUUUUCGCUCUUGAGCAGAUGGAAUAUCAGAAUGAGGGCAUUGAUGCUACACUUGUGAUGUAUGAGGACAAUCGCCCACUCUUGGACAUGUUCCUCCAGAAACCUCUGGGACUGCUUGCGCUUUUGGAUGAGGAAAGUCGAUUUCCCCAAGCAACUGAUCAGACCCUGGUUGAUAAAUUUGAAGAUAAUCUACGAUGCAAAUACUUCUGGAGGCCCAAAGGGGUGGAGCUAUGCUUUGGCAUUCUGCACUAUGCUGGAAAGGUAUUAUACGAUGCUUCUGGGGUUCUUGAGAAAAACAAAGACACUCUCCCUGCUGAUGUGGUUGUAGUCCUGAGAACGUCAGAAAACAAGCUUCUGCAGCAACUCUUCUCAAUUCCCUUGACCAAAACAGGUAAUUUGGCCCAAACAAGAGCCAGGAUAACAGCAGCCUCAAGAUCUUUGCCUCCACAUUUCAGUACUGGGAGAACCAAGGUGGACACUCUGGAGGUGAUACGGCAUCCAGAAGAAACUACCAACAUGAAGAGGCAGACCAUGGCUUCUUACUUCCGGUACUCUCUGAUGGAUCUGCUCUCCAAAAUGGUGGUUGGACAGCCCCACUUUGUGCGCUGCAUUAAACCCAAUGAUGACCGAGAGGCCUUGAAGUUCUCCCGAGAGAGUGUGCUGGCCCAGCUCCGUUCCACAGGGAUCCUGGAGACAGUCAGCAUCCGCAGGCAGGGGUAUUCCCACCGCAUCCUCUUUGAAGAAUUUGUGAAAAGGUAUUAUUACUUGGCAUUCAAAGCACAUGAAACACCUUUUGCUAGCAAAGAGAGCUGUGUUGCUAUCUUGGAAAAAUGCAGAUUAGAUCACUGGGUGCUGGGAAAAACAAAGGUUUUUCUCAAAUAUUACCAUGUUGAGCAGUUAAAUUUGCUGCUGCAAGAAGUCAUAGGCAGAGUGGUUGUGCUGCAGGCAUAUGCCAAGGGGUGGCUUGCAGCCAGGAGAUACAAAAGAAUCAGAGAGAAGAGAGAGAAGGGGGCUAUUGCCGUCCAGUCAGCCUGGAGAGGAUAUGAUGCUCGGAAGAAAUUUAAGAAAAUAAGCAACAGAAGGAGUGAGUCUGCGGUUCCUAUUCAAGCAGGGUACCCUUCAAACCAAAGCAGUGAUCUGCAGCCUACUGUUGCAGGAGAUACUAAGGGAAGUGCCCAGGAUCAAGACUGCAGCGAGCCCGAUCAUAAAAGCAGUCUGCAAACAGAAUUCAGCAGUGGCCAUGGACAGACUUCAAGCAACUCUCUUGCUGUCACUGAGAAAAAUCGGCAUCCACAAGCCCAAGGUUCUCCAAAAGGGUGUGAUGUCUCCGUAGGACAUCCAAAUAAGCACUCCGUUUCUGGGACUGAUCUGCUGUCUUCUUGGACAUGCCAUGCUGCCCCAGGUCUCCCAGGACCAAGUCCCUCGAGGGGAGCCCCUGCAACACCUGUUUCAGAAAAUGGUCAUAUACAGAAGCAACGAACACCUCGCCGAAGAUGUCAGCAGCCCAAAAUGUUGAGUAGCCCUGAGGACACCAUGUACUAUAACCAGUUAAAUGGAACUCUAGAAUAUCAAGGGAGCAAGAGGAAGCCAAGAAAACUUGGCCAGAUCAAAGUGCUUGAUGGGGAAGAUGAAUAUUACAAAUCCUUGUCACCUGUGGACUCUAUUCCCGAGGAAGACAGCCCAUCCUGCCCUUUCUUUUCUUCCUCAUCCUCGAAAGGAGCAUCUUUUGCUCCACACUGAGCUGAACUUCCUGCGCCCCAUGUCUGUUGAGGGUUAGAGCCAUCCUGAUGACACCAAGCUAAGGGUAUCCUUAGGGAUAAAAGGCUGGGAAUAAGGUCAUUAUUUAUGACAGAAACACCUCUCCCUGACCAGCAUAUUGUAAGCUCCAGUGGAUCAAGUUGUGUCAUUACAAGUUAAGUGUGCAGUUAAUUUCUUUGAGGGAUAUAAGUUUGAUGACAACAAUACAUCUUAUGGUACAGUCUGUCACCAGGCACUAGUUUGCUAAAGAGGCUAUAUCACUAAGGCAUGUAGAUCCAGAUUCAGAAUAUUGUAGCAAUUGAUUCUUCUCUUGGAUGACUUAUUAUUGUAGAGGCAUACAAGCUGGUACUUGGGGUUCCUAACUUUAAAACUAUGAGACUAAGAAAUGAAAAAAAUCUAUCACCUGGACAUUGUAGCCUAUUAUAUACCCCAGUCAUCAUCAGACUUUUUCCCAGUAGUGUCAACAUGUUCCCUGUGUCUCAGGAGGACAGAGCUCCGGGACUGGCACCCCUAUUUGUCAGUCUUGUGUUUGGGGCAGACAGACAUAGCCCAUUAUAGAACCAUAGGAAGAGAAGGGAAAAGCAUUUAACAAAUGACAUAAAUCCUUGUUAAAUUUUACUAACUUAGAGUAUAUAGGACUGUCAGUAGUUCAAGUAAAAUUCCCUCUGAACUGUCAGGAUCUUACUUAUUCAUGAAUAAGAAGAAUCUGAUUAACUUCAGUAGCCUUCCCAAAUUAGGAGUUCAGGGAAGUAAGCCCUGCCCUCCAAGUGUGAGUGCAGCAAGAAUUCAUUCUCAUAAAGUAGUGUGUUUACUAGUUGGUAGUAUAAGUCUGCCAUGAACUAGAAUGUAGCUUUCAUUAGUGACUUAGUUUUCCUCACUAGAGUCUAUUUUAUAUCAGAUGGUAUCUUAUGUAUACUUUUCUUGAAAAUGUAUACAAUUUCAGCCUCAUACAAAGUCAGCCUGUCUAUAGUGCACACACACCCCAUUCUAAACUAGUGAAGUUUGCCUGCAGUCGCACCAUUACGCAGAGCAAUGUAAAAUAGCACAAGUGUUUGUGUGGCUCACAAGCUAAAACUACUUGGGAAAUGGGGGGGGGGGGCAAAAUGGGUGUCUGUCCCUCAUUCCUCAUAGUAAAUGUCCUUCCCUUUGGAACUUUCUCUGUUAUUAGACAAGAAGAGAGAGAUCAAGGUGAAAAUAACAAGGAAUAAGAACAGACAAAGCUAAGAUAAAAGAAAGUUUGUCAAGCACCUGCCAGAUGGGAAAAUCCUUACAGUUUACGAGCACCUGAAUUGCCCAAGAUUUUUUACAGAGAAACAGAAGUUCUACAUAGAAGAUAAAUUGCCUGAGUCUCAGACUCACAAAAUCUCUAAGACCACCUAAUGCUAUAAAAAAAAGUAUGAAUGCAUGUAUCUCCAUUUUUACUUCAUAAUCUGAGCUAGAGAAAAUUUACUGCAGCAUUAUCAUCCAGGCCUCAUUACCUCGCAGUUAAUUAGCUAACAUUUGUAAAGUGCUUUGAAGAUGAAAAGCAUCAUAUAAAUGCUAAGAAUUAUUAAAUAAUAUGAGAGGAAAAUCAUAAAAUAGAUACAUUGUUAACAUUAAUUUGUAUUUUAUCUUUCCUUAUUAUCUGCUCCCCAGAAUUUGACAUUUGGGGCUAAACUAUCUAUAAAGGCUGAGGGAGGGGGACGCCGGGUGGCUUAGCGGUUGAGUGUCUGCCUCCAGCCCAGGGUGUGAUCCUGGGGUCUCGGGAUCGAGUCCCACGUCGGGCUCCCUGCAUGGAGCCUGCUUCUCCUUCUGCCUGUGUCUCUGCCUCUCUCUGUGUGUCUCUCCUAAAU